CUUGGCCGUCCAACAUUCCACUCAUAUCAUUACGCCUGUUAUCCCUUAGUAUUCACUCAGCAGAACGCGUCUAGUAUUGGUUUCCCCAGCCCUUUUCGCAUGAUGUUCGCCUGGCUCCGUCGAGCCUCGUUUUCGUCCAACACAUCGUACCGUACACCUUACCGCACACGAGUCCUCGCACAGCUCCCAAAUCAACGAUAUCGCCAUCACAUCCAUCGCAGAGGGAAUGGGUCGGUGGAUUGAUGCAGCCUGAAGCUGCCGGUGUUUCCUGAUUGAGCAGCGGUCAAAGAUGGAACACUCCCUCCACCUACCGAACAGCGAUAACAUGCUGCAACUUCGAAAUCCUCGUGGCAAGCGCACCAGACCCCAUGACGCAGCAAAACCCCCAGCACAAGCCACAGGGAUCCCAGGUCGGCGAACCGAACAAUCUACAACGUCCAAGUCCGAGGACCCGAAGACCAUGUCGGACACCGCGGCGCGGAGAACCAAACCCACCAAGCUCCCACUCCCUAAAUCCCCCGCCGACAAGACCAAAGAAUCUGCUGGGACGCGACUUCCCGUGACCGAAACCAAGGAACAAGAAAGCGAUCGCACUAUUCGUCCAAAGAGAUCUCUGGGGGCCUUGUCACUUGCUGCGCCGAAGCAGGCCGAGAAAGGCGGUGAUCAAUACUGGCGUAAAGUGCGAGACAGGUUCGAGAGGGAAAUACCAGCUCCGUUGCGCAGUAAGGAGAAGCACAAGGAAUACUAUCAAGAGGCAUAUCGGAAGAUCGUGUCAUUGGCUACUUCACCCAGGCAAGAGAUUGCUAACUACAAGUUGAGAUUAACGGGAGGUAUACCCCGGGAUGACAAGAUACAUACACGACCCGUCGGCUUGCGGAAAGAUGUUCCAAACCUACACCUUGACAAUCGAUCUUCCCCAGGAACAGUUUUCUGGAAAUCUGAGAAUACUCAAGCCGUUGGUCAACGGAAACGUCCAAAUACAGGAGAACGAGGGCCUAGUUUGCCGACCACUGAGGCCACGCAGCCAACGACAUCCGAGAAGACAGAUACCACGACCGACUCAUCCGACCAGUCAUAUCCGAUUUCACCAAUAUCAGCACCUGCAAGUUCUGUGACCGACUGGGAGGAUCGAGAGCCUAAUCCUUUGCAUUUGAAUGCACAGCAGAUUUCAAAGUUCCAGCAGAGCAUCGAGAGGGUUCACAAAGAGGGUGGAACAAUGCUCGAUCCUGAGACGCUUCCAAGCCCCCGCGCUGGUGAACCACCUCGGUAUUAUAGUCCUGAUGAGAUUGGAAAGCCACGGUUCAGCACGAUUUGGGAAGAGUCACCUGGGCAGUCGACCAACACGCCUUUUGCAGCGAACGCCGACGGCUCUUUUUUAGGAUGCAAGGAGAUCAACGGCCCGAACGACAAGAACCCGGACGAGAUUUUACUUUUUUCAACCACGGACGAGCGCCCCAGGGUCAUCGACAUUCCAGGCCCCAAAUCCAAGAUUCCCAGAGAGGGAAGAAGAGCCACGACACAUGCCCUCACACCAGCAGCUCAAGAAAAGGCGCUCCCUCAGCAAGACCGAAACCCAACUUCGCAGAAUUCGAACCCUGCCCAAUGCUCGAAGCAGUUGCCCAAGACGAUGUGCAAGGACACCAAUUGUCGACUGCCCCAAAAGUCAGAAAAUCUCUCGAAAGAGAAUAUCUCGAAACCUCCCUUGAAAGAGAACCGGGUACCUCAGGGAAAUACGACGACAAAGAUCCACGAGCAAAAGCCACACCGCAAGUCCGACGAUGUAUUCAUUAUCACACCCACUAUCACACGCACUAUGGUUACCAUGACAGACCUGAGGGCUCAUGCUCAAAAGACCCCGGGCACACAGGAACCCACAUCUCGAGCCGCAGGAGAGAUCAUCACAGGUACACGGGCAAAGUCUCAGGCAGGCUCAUCCACGGCAGGCCUGCGACGAGUGACGCAGAAUUCGUGGGAAAGACAGACUGCAACUUGCACACCAUCCAAACCGACCUCUCCAAACUCAAUACCCACCAUCAAACCUCGGGGCACAGAACCCGAACGCCGAACGUCGGACAAACCAAGGCCUAUACGUGGGUUCAUCCAAGGCCCGAGCAGUCUUCCGCGAAGUAAUCCUCCACAGAGUCACCCACCUUGCCUGGCACCUGGAAAUGUAUCGCCUUAUAUCGGGACUACAUCCUCUGGUCCCGAAAUCUCCCCCCAAAAUUCUAUCAGUCGAGACGGAUCGGAGGAGAGGCUCUCACCUCGCGAACUCCAGAGCUUCGAAGUGGCCGAACUGGACGGACAGCAAGUCUAUGAGACACCUCGAGAAGAAGGGGUAUUUCAUUUCAACGUCACGGACUUCAAUGCAGAUAUCCUCGGGGACCCAGCGAAGCAAUCCGAGAGCGGUACGAAACGGCCCGAAAGCACGGAGGAUGCAGCCGACGACCCGCCCAUAUGGACUCUUAUCAAAGACGCCAUCAUAGACUCCGCAAUACAGCUUCAGCAACUCUACAGCCAAGUGAUGGUAAAUCGCGAUAACAAAGCGAUGCUGGUCCGCAUUGCCUUCAACAGCAUUCUCAUGAUGAUAGAGCAUUGCCUCCUCGUGCUCAAGAAUUUCCUGGCAUUCCUCUCCCUCUACAACUCCACCGGUGCCUGGCCCAGACCGUCCCGAAAGGACCUGGUCCGCUCGCUGAUCGACCAUUGCCAGGCUGCGCUGUACGUUGUUACCCUGGGAUUCUGCAUGAUGAUCAUCGGUCGCGCAGCGGGCUAUGUCGUCCUCACACAUCAAUCAGAGAAGGCACAAUGCAUGAAUGGUGGAUAUCCUCCCUUCCCGUUGCUGUCUUCCCUGGACCUCCCACCGGGGCACUCCUCACCCGGUACUUCCUUCCUUCCUUCCUUCCCCAAGAAUGCCAUGUCAAUCGGCCACCAUCAACCCCGACCACAAGGUGAGCCGAACUCGGCAUCACGACCACCGCCGCCGCUAGAUGUGAAAAAGAAAAGCACGAAAACUUUUGAACAGCCGAAAUCGAUCCCUUGUUUAGAAAGGAAAGAUGGCAGAUGA